AUGCAUAUACCUCAAUGGAUAAUCCUACUAAUUAGUUUCAUCAUCACCGCCACCAAUACCGUUUUUGCAUCAUCAUCAUCGCCACUGAACCCCCACGUACUCCCCAAGACUGAGUUUCAUGCAUUUGACUCCCCCGAAUUUUGUUCACAAAUCAUUACUUCGUCGUGUAAUACAACAUUUGCCUAUCUUGAUAAAUUAAACCAACAAAUCCGUCCCUUUGUCACUGAUUUAGUGCAGACUCCUUAUUUCCGAUAUUUCAAAGUUGAUUUAGAUAAGCAAUGUAAAUUUUGGAAUGCGCAACAUUUUUGUGCUACUGAAAACUGUGCUGUUGAAGUCAUUGACGAUUUCAAUUGGACGCAGAUUACCAAUGAUAACUUGAAGCCAUCGAAAUUGGGUAAAAUAAAACUUGCUAACGAGUCUGGUGCAGCAGCAGGAGGGGUUUCAGGAACAGCAAGUGGAGCUGAUUCUAUUGAUAAUGCAAUUGAAACUGAACCCAUUGAACAAUGUGAGGAUUUAGAUUAUUCCUAUUUCGACGAUGAACAUGAACAUAAUUGUGUUUAUGUCAACUUGUUGCAAAACCCAGAACGGUUUACUGGUUAUGGUGGUAAUCAAAGUUUUGACGUUUGGAAAGCAAUUUAUCUGGAAAAUUGUUUCCCCAACACCAAUCCAAUGUCAAUGAAGCCUAAUCAACCUAAGGAGAAAUGCGUUGAAAAGAACUUGUUUUAUCGAUUGGUUAGUGGGAUGCAUGCAUCUAUUGCUGUUCAUUUAUCUAAUGAAUACUUGGAUUCAGAAACCGGCGAAUUCUAUCCCAAUUUAGCAGUGUUUAUGCAAAGAGUCGGGUUAUUUAAUGAUCGAUUAGCCAACAUUUACUUCAAUUAUGCCCUUGUGGCUCAAUCAUUGGUCAAAUUGAAUCAUAUUUUACCAUUGAGACAAUUUAUUCAACUGGGGUAUGACGACAUUACGCCAGCGCAAAAGCAACACUUGUUAGAAAACAACGACUUGUUUGAAAAUACCGAAGUUUAUGAUGAAUUAUUAUUACAAGAUAUUAUCCCCGCCCUUGGAUCAAACACAUUGUUCAAUACAUCAACCUUGUUUGACCCAACAAAAGAUCCCAACUUAAAACAAGAGUUCCGUGCUAGAUUUAAAAAUAUUUCGGCAAUUAUGGAUUGUGUUGGUUGUGAUAGAUGUAGAAUGUGGGGCAAAAUCCAAACCAUUGGGUAUGGAACUGCCCUCAAGAUUUUAUUUGAAGAUGAUCAUAAUAACCAACCCAAUUUGAAAUUUAGAAGAAUUGAAAUCGUGGCCUUGAUUAAUACAUUUGACCGAUUAUCGAAAUCGAUUGCUGUUAUUAAUAAUUUCAAACAAAUGUAUAUUCAACAUUUGCAGGACGUUAUUGAAGGUAAGGCUCAACCGGGUCAAUUUGAUAAUUAUGAGAACAAUGGUAAUCAAAGGGCAUUGGGUCAAGGAUUCCAUUUCCCAUUUGUCAACUCACUUCCAAAACAACCGCCAUCACAACAACAACAACAACCGAAAUCAUUCACAGAUGAUUCUGAUUACGAUUACGAAUCCACAUCUUCCAAGACACCACCUCAUCAGGGCAAGAAAUCCAUAUUUGAAACUUAUCAAAUCCCUACCAGGAACCGUACUUUCAAUCAAGAAUUGAAAUUGGCCAUAUAUGAAGUUUGGGAAGCUUUGAAAUUUGUAUUGGGCAGUUAUAAGCAAUUCCCCAUCAUUGUCGGUAAGGCUUCCCUUGUCCAUUUGAACCAUUGGUGGAACAACUUGAUUGGUAAGCCUAAUGAUGGUUAUCCUCAUGAGGAGUAUAGGAGUCCUAUAAAUGUCCAUGUAGGACAACAACAAGAACAGCAGGAGUAUUUGAAUUUGAUUAAUGAGGAAAAUUAG